AUGGAACAACCAAUUACUUUUGCUAAUAUGAAUAGCAUAUAUUGUAUUGGAGCAUCUUCCAUGCUGGCACUAGCUCAUCACUACCCAAAUAAGCAAUUUUAUGUAGUCGACACAGUAGAUCAAGUUGCUCCAUGGAAUCAACCUGUACCACCCUUUUGGGAACCUCAACUACCCGAUUUGCUUCUUGCUCACCGAAAUGUAAAACUGCACUUUCAUAACAAUAUUCAACAAUUCAUACGACAAUGUCCCUUAAUCUUUAUAGCAAUUGAAAUGAGAACUAAGAAAAAAGGGAGAAUCGAGCUUAAUAAGUGGAUGGAAGCAGUGCGUCUUAUUAGAGAUAAUGCAGCUGUUUCAAAAUACAUCAUCGACAAAUCGGACGUUCCUUUUGACGUUAGAAACACUAUUAUGGAUGUGAUACAACCAACUCAGGUGGUACAUAGUAACUACACAAAUCCUGAGUUUUUUAGUCAUGGGUCCGCGUUUGAUACUUUAUUGAAUCCGAGAAGAGUUGUAUUUGGACAUAGAACACCGUACGCCAAUUUAACAUUGUUGCACCAUAUUUACAAUUUUGUUCCUAAGAACAAUAGGUUGGUAAUCAAUGAUGCAAGGAGUGUGGAUUUCACAAAAAUAUACUGCAAUGCAUUAUUGGGUUUCAUGGGGACUUUGGCGAAUAUUGGUUCCACUUUUGCCGAUGAUUUGAAUAUUGAUAUUAAUCAAGUUUUUCGGAUUGUCGAUAGUGAAGACAGAUUGGGACAUGGUUUUUUGGAACCAAAUGUAGCAGUUGGUGGUCCUGCUCUUCAGAGGGAUAUAGCUUACAUGGCAUAUAUGGCCGAAGAAGGUGGCCACAAGGAAAUCGCAGCAUUAUUCAAGGGGUUCAUUGAGGUAAAUAAGAAAAGAAAAGAGAAGUUCGAAAAAAAAAUGCUUAAAUGUAUGCAUUCUCUCAGAGGCAAAACAAUUGUUAUUCUUGGGUUAGCCUACAAAGAAGGAACUGAAGAUAUGUCGGAUUCUCCAUCGAUUUACAUAUGCGAGCAGCUAAUGAGAAAUAAGGAUGUCACUCUUCGUGUUCAUGAUUCUAUUGUAUAUGAUGAGAUUAUAAAGUGA